AUGUCAACAACCGCUCCAGACCAAUCAGCAACUUCAAGCGUUACCAAGGAAGCAACUGUCGCAACAAUUCAAGAUGUUGACAUGGAUGAAACAAAAGUUACCGAGCCUCUUCAGACUGCCGUCUCUUCUGCAACAACCACUAAAGAUGACGCAGAUGCAACAAACAGUGCAAGGAAGCAAAAAGCUAAAGAGAGACUCACCAAGAACAAAUAUGAGCAAUCACAGUUUGAAGGUAUAAAAGAUGCAGAGGGUAACAUCCUCCCAAAAUCAGAGAGAAAACCAAAGAGAAAAUGCGCAGUAAUGUUGGGCUAUUGUGGUACUGGGUAUAAUGGAUUGCAGAUUCAAAAUGACCCCAAUGUGAAAACCAUUGAGCGAGACCUUUAUACAGCACUCCACAAAGCUGGGGCAAUAUCAUUAGAAAAUUCAUUAGAUUUGAAGAAAUCUGGAUUUCAAAGAUGUGCGAGAACUGAUAAAGGUGUUCAUGCUGCUGGGAAUGUGGUUAGUCUCAAGAUGAUCAUUGAGGACCCCGAGAUCAAGGAGAAGAUUAAUGAACAUUUACCACAACAAAUUCGUAUUUGGGGCAUCCAGAGAACCACAAAGGGAUUCGAUUGUCGUAAAAUGUGCUCUUCCAGGGUUUAUGAAUAUUUGCUCCCCACUUAUUCCUUGUUGAAUCCCAAGCCACAUACCAAAUUGGCACAAUUGGUUGAUGAAAAAAUGGCGCAAAAUCCACAAUUGUUUCAAGAAGAUGAUGGCGAAGGUGCACAAUUUUGGAAAGAUGUUAGACAGCAAGUGCUAGAUUCUGGUGUUAGCCAGGAACAACUUGAUGCAGUUGAUAAUUAUUAUGCAACGGCAGCUUUGGAAAACCCUUUAUCGAGCCGUCAAGCUCCACUUGCUUCAGGGGAGUCGACACCUGUUCCUUCUGAUAUUGAGCCCAUCAUCAAGAAGAUUAAACAGCUUGAAAGCAAAGCACGUAGAUCAUACCGUAUCUCACCAACAAAGCUUGCUCAUUUCCGUCAAGCCAUGCAGCAAUACGAAGGAACCCAUAACUUCCAUAACUUUACUGUGGGCAAGACGUACAAAUCACCAGAUAGCUCACGUUAUAUAAUCUCUGCAAAAGUGUCUGAGCCAUUUGUGAUUGAUGACUCUGAAAAUUCUUCACAUGCAACAGAGUGGGUGAGUGUUAAGAUCCAUGGUCAAUCGUUUAUGCUCCAUCAAAUUCGUAAGAUGAUAUGUAUGGCUGCGCUUACUGUUCGAUGUAAAUUGCCAGCAGAGAAGUUGCUUGCCAUGUGUUUCAAGCCUGAAAAACUAAACAUCCCUAAAGCUCCGGCAUUGGGUUUGCUUUUGGAGAAUCCAGUGUUUGACGCAUACAACAAGAUUCUUCAAGAAAACUCUUACGAGCCAAUCAAUUUUGAACAAUACGAAAAAGAGAUGCUUGAUUUCAAGAUGAAGAAUAUUUAUGACAAGAUCUACAAUGACGAGGUUAAGGAGAAUACAUUUGUUAGUUUCUUUGGGUAUAUUGAUGCUUAUAACGUUGCUGGUAGCGAGGAAGAUACUACUGGAGGUAAUAACAACAACAACAACAACAACAAUGGUUCAUCAAUUUUUGAUUUCUUGCACAACUACAUUGAUCAGGAAACUGCUACAAAAGUGGAAGCCGAAUCCGCGACGAAGUGA